AGGAUCUCAGUGUACUGGUGGCUAUUGUCACAGGCAUGUUCUGAAGUCUGGCUUGUUCCUUCCAAUAUUGUUUGUUAUAUGGCUUCUGAAUUUAGGUUUUAAGUGAGUGUGUUAUGAAGAAUUAUCAACCGUCUUUUUAAUUUAGAAAUAGUGGCGCCAAAGGAUUCUUUGUAGAAAACUUUGACAGCAGCCUUUAAAGUCAUUAUUCCUACAACUCUGAGGCGGUGACCGGGCUAUUGAAAAGAUGCACCUGAAACAGGAUCUGCGGGCAGCUGCAUUUGCCACCCGGCUUUAUUGCUGCUUUCCAGCGGCGAAGGCGCAGCAGCAGUAACAGGGAAGCCAGAGCGAGCCUCCCCGGCAGCGGCGGCGGCGGCGGCGGCGGCGGCACCGGCACCAGCGCAGUUUCCCCUCUCCCCAGCCCUGACUCUACGCGCACAUGCGCACUACGCCCGCAGCCCUGGACCAUUUGUCAGGACUACUCGUGAGACGGAGAAAAAAAAAAGAGAAAAUUUGGGGAACCCUUAGGAGAAAUUUUGAGAGUGGACAGCAAUUGUGAAGAUCGCCAGAGAGUUCUGUGUUUCAUCACCGCCGAAAGGUUAAAAAAUAAAUCAUGACUGAAUCUGCCUCUAGCACAAGUGGUCAAGAGUUUGAUGUGUUCAGUGUUAUGGACUGGAAAGAUGGAGUGGGCACGUUACCAGGAAGUGACUUAAAGUUUCGGGUAAAUGAGUUUGGAGCCCUGGAAGUUAUUACAGAUGAGAAUGAGAUGGAAAAUGUUAAAAAAGCAACUGCUACCACCACUUGGAUGGUACCAACUGCUCAAGAAGCCUACACAGGUGAUUUAGCCAAAAGCCUGCCACUUUUUUUCUCAUCUACUCCGAUGGUUGUAACUAACACCUAUAUGCUGAUGACUCCUAAAUCUACAUCUCCAGCCCCGACCUCUCCCCCGAGCUCCAGGCCCGUAUUUCCACCUGCCUACUGGACAUCUCCACCUGGAUGUCCCACAGUCUUUUCAGAGAAGACUGGGAUGCCUUUCAGGUUGAAGGAUCCAGUGAAAGUAGAAGGGCUUCAGUUCUGUGAGAACUGUUGUCAGUAUGGCAACGUAGAUGAGUGUCUUUCUGGAGGAAACUAUUGCAGCCAGAAUUGUGCUCGGCACAUCAAAGAUAAAGAUCAGAAGGAAGAAAGGGACGUAGAAGAAGACAAUGAGGAAGAAGAUCCUAAGUGUAGUCGGAAGAAAAAACCGAAAUUAUCUCUGAAAGCUGACCCCAAGGAGGAUGGAGAAGAGAGAGAUGAUGAAAUGGAGAACAAACAAGAUGUAAGAAUCCUGAGGGGUUCGCAGAGAGCACGGAGGAAAAGACGAGGGGAUUCGGCUGUAUUAAAGCAGGGUUUGCCUCCUAAAGGAAAGAAAGCGUGGUGCUGGGCAUCCUACCUGGAAGAGGAGAAAGCGGUGGCAGUGCCGGCGAAGCUGUUCAAGGAGCAUCAAUCCUUUCCAUAUAACAAAAAUGGAUUCAAAGUUGGCAUGAAAUUAGAAGGCGUGGAUCCCGAGCAUCAGUCUGUGUACUGUGUCCUCACCGUCGCGGAGGUUUGUGGAUACCGGAUAAAGCUUCACUUUGAUGGGUAUUCUGAUUGCUAUGACUUCUGGGUGAAUGCAGACGCUCUGGAUAUCCACCCAGUUGGGUGGUGUGAGAAAACCGGCCACAAACUCCAUCCUCCAAAAGGGUAUAAAGAAGAAGAAUUCAAUUGGCAGACCUAUCUUAAGACAUGUAAAGCUCAAGCCGCUCCUAAGUCAUUAUUUGAAAAUCAGAAUAUAACAGUGAUCCCAUCGGGCUUUCGAGUUGGUAUGAAGCUUGAGGCAGUAGACAAAAAGAAUCCCUCAUUCAUCUGUGUUGCUACGGUAACAGAUAUGGUGGACAAUCGUUUCCUGGUACAUUUUGACAACUGGGAUGAGAGCUAUGACUAUUGGUGUGAAGCAUCAAGUCCACAUAUUCAUCCAGUUGGUUGGUGUAAAGAACAUAGAAGAACCCUUAUUACUCCACCAGGUUAUCCAAAUGUGAAACAUUUUUCUUGGGAUAAAUACUUAGAAGAAACCAAUUCUUUACCUGCUCCUGCAAGAGCUUUCAAAGUGAAACCUCCUCAUGGAUUCCAGAAAAAAAUGAAGCUUGAGGUUGUAGACAAAAGGAACCCUAUGUUUAUUAGAGUAGCAACUGUGGCAGACACAGAUGAUCACCGGGUAAAAGUUCACUUUGAUGGCUGGAACAAUUGCUAUGAUUACUGGAUAGAUGCAGAUUCUCCUGAUAUUCACCCUGUAGGCUGGUGUUCAAAAACAGGACAUCCCCUUCAGCCUCCUUUGAGCCCCUUAGAAUUAAUGGAAGCUUCAGAACAUGGUGGAUGCUCAACCCCGGGAUGUAAAGGGAUUGGCCAUUUCAAGAGAGCGAGACAUCUGGGCCCUCACAGUGCUGCCAACUGUCCCUAUUCAGAAAUCAAUUUGAAUAAAGACCGUAUUUUUCCAGACCGCUUAAGUGGUGAGAUGCCUCCGGCUAGUCCGUCAUUUCCAAGAAAUAAAAGGACAGAUGCAAAUGAAAGCUCUUCUUCCCCUGAAAUCAGAGACCAGCAUGCUGAUGAUGUCAAAGAAGACUUUGAAGAGAGAACAGAAAGUGAAAUGAGAACAUCACAUGAAGCCAGAGGUGCCCGGGAAGAACCCACCGUCCAGCAGGCACAGCGUCGGUCAGCUGUCUUUCUGUCCUUUAAGUCCCCAAUUCCAUGUCUGCCCUUGCGCUGGGAGCAGCAAAGCAAACUUCUUCCAACUGUCGCAGGAAUCCCUGCCAGUAAAGUUUCCAAAUGGAGCACAGACGAGGUGUCAGAAUUUAUACAGAGCUUACCUGGGUGUGAAGAACAUGGAAAGGUAUUUAAAGAUGAACAAAUUGAUGGAGAAGCAUUUCUACUUAUGACUCAAACAGACAUUGUUAAAAUUAUGAGCAUUAAACUGGGCCCUGCUCUCAAAAUUUUCAAUUCCAUCCUGAUGUUCAAAGCUGCAGAGAAGAAUUCUCACAAUGAACUUUGAAGAUGGUGAAUUCUGAAUACCAUCAGCAUUCUGCUUUAAAGCUCAUGUUUUAUUCAAAGCACAAGGACGGUUAUAACUCCUAAGUGAGAAGUCUCCAAAACUCAAAAGAGCAACACUAUCGGAUUAUUUAUAUUACUCAAGAGACAAUAUAUAUGAAUUCUUAUGAAAGUGCUUGAGCUUUUAACCAGGUACUGUCUAACAACAGUCAUCUUUUGGUUCUGUUCACUGAGCUAAAUUUAUCUUUGUAAAUCUUUUUGAGUCUGGGGGGUGGGGGGAAGGGGGACUUCAUUAAUUAUUUAUGGUAAUGGGGGGGCAGAGUAAGAACUUUUGGCAUUUUGUAAACAUUGUUGAAUUCUCUUUCAUGUACACUGUUUCUUUUUCAAUACUUUCAGAAACCUUUUUAUAUAAUCAAAUUUCAAUUUAAACCAAAUUAGUCAAAACCUGGCUAAGUUUAGCCAGUAGGACUGUUAUCUGUAUUGUUAAUUUUGUGCCAUAUUUUGAAUUGCAACAUUAUGCUAAGUAUAACUUUGCAAGUCAUGAUAUUGCCUAACUGCUUGUCGUAAUUGUCAGGGCUGAAUAGUUGUAAGAAUGACUUUUCUUUGAAUCAGUAUUUUUCCUUUUGCACGCAUUAUGAAAUGUUAAACAAAUUACUUUUCACCAGCAUCUUUACUAUAAUUACCAAAAACAUGUAUAUAAAAGAAUGGAAUUGAAAAAUAAAAUAUAUAAACAUAAAUAAAUUAGGUAGUGUAUUUUGAGUGGCAUCAGUCUCACUCAUCUUGGUGCCCUGGUGUUUACAAGAGCCAGAUGGUGUCAGAGGAGUAUGCAGUUGUAUGCAGUUAUGGUUGGGGGGAAUGUUUGUGAGGGUCUUGAACUAUUUAUGAGAUGAUCUUGAGCUUCUAAUUGUCAUUGAUGAAAUUGUGGUGGUUUACAGAGACUAAGAGCUCAUUCUGUCAACAGAAACACUAAUCUGUACAGAGCGCUGUCUCAGGUCAUGCAUUGUCCUCCAAACCCAAAGGUUUUUUUCAGGGUUGGCUAAAGAGCGAGUGUCGUGAUUUUGCUGAAAAGACAAGGUGUGAAGGAGCAACUUCAGUUGACACAAAAUUUGAAAUGCUCACAGAUCAGGGAGGUGAUUUCCCAAAGUAAUUGCCCAAGAACCUCCGUUUUGGAAGGAUUCCUUUUUCUGUAGAAUACUUUGCCUCGAUAUAUAAGCAUACAGAUGCACUUUAAAUGAAAACCCUUGAUUAUAAAUUGAUAGCUGGUAGUGUUUCUUUUGCAAGAAUGCAUUUCUAAGGCAAAAGGUAAAUUAUUUUGUCCGUCUGUUGAUGUACUUUCUGAUUCCAGGAUUGGAUAUUUAUUCAAGGACUAUUUUAAAAAUAGAAAGUAAGUUUGUAGCAUGCUGUCUGAAUUCUGGGGUAAGUUCCACCUCUUCUUUAGUUGCUUUCGUUUUUUAUGAUGUAGGACUUCCUUUGAUAUCCCUGUUGGAAGUCCAUUAGCAGUCCUUUGCAUUUGUCAAUUCAAGGUAAAACAGGGUCAGUGACAUCUGCAGUGUCCCAGUCAUUUAUUUGCAUGAAUCUGCUUAAAUAAGUUUUUUGUUGCUGUUUUUUCUUUUUUAUGUUCAGAAUUUGUACAUUCAAGUUGUACUUGUUAUAUCUGAUAUGAAUGAAAUAAAAUCUUAAUUACA